CUGAUAGUUGGGGCAGUUCAGUUCAAUGGGUUGGAGAAGAUGGGCGUUUUUCUGGGAUAAGGGGGUGUUGUCCAAAAUGGAGGUGAAGACAUCACUUCUCGACAAUAUGAUAGGGGUGGGCGAUAUGGUCCUCAUUGAGCCCCUGUCCGAAGACACCUUCAUUGAGAAUCUAAAGAAGCGAUUCGAUCACAACGAGAUCUAUACAUACAUUGGCAGUGUGGUGAUCUCCAUGAACCCCUACAAGUCCCUGCCCAUCUACACCGCAGAAAAGGUGGAGGAGUAUCGCAACAGGAACUUCUAUGAGCUCAGUCCACACAUGUGA